GAAGGAGAACACGUUCUGUGUCUGAAAAUCCAAUACAGAAAACACAUACAGCAAAUCAUGUGCCAGCAGCAUUACUGAAGUGAAUUUUUCUGCUCUGCUAAUAGUGGAAAGGGAAGAAAUAAAGCAAUGCUGCAGGCACUGACUGGACUACAGUUUCGGCUCAGAGGAAAGCUACAGGAUCAAGAGUGGACCGACAAGCACCUGCAAGAAGAAGCCCAUGCACAUUAUUCACAGUGUCAUAUGCCAGUUUCACGGUAUCCUGGGUUCAAUGGAUUUUUUCCAGUGGGAACACACUUUUCAUCAGACAAAGCUCCAGCGAUCUCAGAGGUACAAACACGCUUGGAAAAUCAGUCUAGAUACCACAUACAGCAAAGCCAGAGGCACCAGGUGAAGCAGUACCUGACCCUUGAUACCAAGCUGUCCAGCCAGACGCUCUCCUUGUCCCACUCCCAUACAAUCCAGCCCGCGGGAGUGACCUCCAUUUUACGAAACGGACACAUGCCUCCUGUCAGCGAUAUUGGCACCCCAGAAAGCCCCGUUACCAAGCUACUGGCCCUUGGAGGAGAACAUGAAAAUGCGAUGGAAGAAGUGAUUGAAGACAUAAUCAAUAUGGAAUCAAGUUUUAAUGAUGAAGGGAUAGGUUGUUCUGAAACUCCUCUACUAAUGCAAAGAACUCUAUCUGGCAGCAUUUUGGAUAUAUAUAACAGUGACCAGGGAAUGGCACCAGCUAAUAUGGGUCUCACAAAUGCUUCUUGCCCAGCUAAUCUACCAGUAAAAAGGGAACUCACAGAAGCAGAUACACGAGCAAUGGCAAAGGAGAGACAAAAAAAGGAUAACCACAAUCUUAUUGAGAGAAGAAGAAGGUAUAAUAUUAAUUACCGAAUCAAGGAGCUUGGCACACUCAUCCCCAAGUCUAAUGAUCCUGAUAUGCGCUGGAACAAAGGAACUAUUUUAAAAGCAUCAGUGGAGUACAUCAAGUGGCUACAAAAAGAACAACAGAGAGCCAGAGAAUUAGAACACAGGCAGAAGAAAUUAGAGCAUGCUAACAGAAGACUUCUACUCCGAAUUCAGGAACUAGAGAUCCAGGCACGCGCACAUGGCCUUCCAGUCAUGUCUUCACUCAGCGCUGUUGAUUUAGCUACACAGGUCAUCAAGCAACAGUCUUAUCCAGAGGAGAACUCUGUAGACUACUCUCAACAAAUGCCUCUGGCACAUGGACCAAAUUCUGAUGUCUGUGAUGGAUCUACCGCCUUUUCUGAUCCACUUUCACACUUCACAGAUUUGUCCUUCAGUGCAGCAUUAAAAGAAGAGCAACGGCUGGAGGAAAUUUUACUGGAUGACACAGUGUCACCAUUUGGAACAGACCCACUCUUGUCCUCCACAUCCCCAGCUGCAUCAAAAGAGAGCAGCAGGAGAAGCAGCUUUAGCACAGAUGAUGGAGAUGAUUUAUAAAAGCAGAAAGGGCCUCAUACGUCUCUAAACCACUUGCUAAAAGACUGAGUUGAGCAUAAGCACAGUGUUUGUGCUUAUUUUAAAUCUGACUAAGGAGAGACACUGGGAAGAUAAGUAACUACAGGACUUGGGUUUAAAUCAGCUCUUACUUCACAGGAAAAUGAGAUGGACAUGAACACAUAUCACUUUGCCCCUAAUUCACAGCUGACAUUUGCACAAAUCUUUCUUCACCGGGAUAUUUUUACUGUUGUUCAAUGACUUUAUACAGCACUAUGGAAAUAGUUAUCAGAAAAGGAAUACUCAUGUCACGAAAGUGUAUUCAAUUUGCUUUCAUUAUUCUCUGCUAUAAACACGAGUUUUAAUAAUUUUUUAAUUUCUCUUCUUGUUUUUAUAUAUAACUAAAAAUUCUACAAAACAUGAUGCAACAAGGCACUAUGUAAACUGGGAACUAUCAUAAAAUACUGAGCUUUGUUAGGAAUUUAACUUGGUUUAUAUUGUUUCAAGAUUUUUGAAUGAGAUGAUGCAACUACAGAGAUAUUACAGGUUUGAAAAUGAGAAAAACAGAGAGUAAUGCUUUCAUACAAGUGAAGUGAGCAUGAAAUUUAAACUGGGUAGGCUUUUCUUUACCAGGAGGAAAUCCAUUUGGCUUUUCAUAGAAUUUCAAUUUUUUUAAAUUUCAUUUGUAGAAAAAAGACUUUAAAUAUAUGUUUUAAUGACAUAGAAAUAAAAUGGAAACUAACGUAAUGACAGAGAUUCAAAGAACUAAGACAGAAAAAGAUACCACAUUUCAGCAGAAAGACUCAUCAAAGAUCCUGUGUUACAAUUAGCACCAUUUAAAACAAGCACUAGCAAGUCAAGUGCUAUGUCAGCUGCUUGUUCCAAGAGUAUUCAAACUGUGUCCCGUUUUUGUGUAGAAGAGACCAGAAAUCAGAGACACAACAGUGUGCUUCUGAACAAUGCUUCCAGUGUACUUUGGCAGGACAGGAAGGUUUUUCCAAAGGGACUCUACUUUAUCUCUAUGAAUGCUUCUGAUCCAUUUGGAAAUGGAGAGAAAUGGAAGAUUCCUAUUGCAGAUAUUUUUGAAACAAAUAGAAUUUAACUUAAAAUUUGGCUUUGGAUUCACUAUAGAAAAGCUGAAAAGGAUGACUUUUCAAACCAAAAGGGAUAUUCAGAAGUGUUGAUGUGAUGCACGGCUUCUCAUAACUAGCUUGCUAGGAGGGGGCGUUCAGAAAAUGUGGUUUGAUGACUCAGUAAAAGGUUGGCAGUUAGAGGGCAGACAGAAGACAUAUAAUUUCUAUACAUAGUGAAAUUCUGGAGAAUGAUGUAUGUUCCUGGAGGACAUUAGGUGCAAUCAUUCUAAUGGUAAUAUUAAUACAUAGGAAAAUAAGCUGGCACAGGGUCUUCACAGCUUUUCCUCAACCAGAGCCAAAGAUCACAUUUGGGAGUUCUCUAACAAUUCAAAAUAUGUUUCAAAACUGUGCAUUAAUUUUGCUGUCACUAAGCCUGCCUCAUGCCCCAGAAUUGUCACAGGACUGGAAAUAGAGAGAAGAGAUUAAAAUGGGGUCUUGUUGCUUUAACAUUUUAAAUGCUUUUAAACAUAUUUUCCAAGAACAGAGCACUUGUUUCUUCUUCUUGCCUCUUCUGCUAUUGGUACCUGGGUCCUCCUCAUAGUCUUUGUGAUGUUUAUGUUCCUCCAGGGUUGUAGCCCAUUCCUGACCAACCCCUGAUAAUUUCAUGACAGUUUCUUAACAGGAAAGUUAGCAGUGGGAUAAUAAAUUACAUCCAAAGGCUAUUAAAUACGAUGGAAUAACCAAAUUCAGAAGUAUAUGUAUGUUUUUAGGAAUCUCAAGUAGUUCUAUGAGCCUAUUCAAACCAUUUGGAUGUAAACUGAACAGAACAGAACUGAUCUUCUUGUUGCAUAUCUGUGGGGGUCCCAGACAGCCUAGCAUGCUCCUGAGUCUCAGAAGAAGUGAAGAUGUUUCCACUGUAUGAUUAAAAAUAGUAACAACAGCAGCCUUCUCAUAAUUUUCUUCCUUUUUUUUUUUUUAUGGAAGAUAGGAAUGGAAAAACAAAUGAGUAAAUUAAGUUAAUUAGGAGAGGAACAGCUUUGUCUGAGUUUUGCAAAAGACUAGUUCAUAUUGACAUUUGAAUCCAAAAUAUGAUGAAUUAAAAGUAACAUUCAUGCUAACAUUAUGGUUAGUGUAGGAUGCAUAUUGCCAUUUCAGCCAUUGAAAGGAGGGGAUACUUGGUUGAUAUCAAAUGCCAUUUGUCCUUGUACUGCAGUUUCUACUACAUUAGUUUUAAAUACAACAGUGUGUAUUGCUCAUAAUGGAGAAAAAGAAAUUAAAUAUGAAUGUGUUACAUGAUUUUCCCAUUGAACUUUUACAUGGGUCUUAGCCCAUACUUCUGAACUUAUUGACUAAACAACAUCCUGAAUUUCAUCACUUUCAUAAGCACUGCUCUAAAAAAACCCAUUAUAGUGCAUCCAUUAAAUUUUUUAAAGUUGAUUUUCAUUCUUCUGACAAUUGGUUCAGUCUGAAGCACCAGAUUUUUUUUCUCUUCCUGCAUGAGAAACUUAGAUAGCAAAUGCUUCUUUUGCAAUAUACUGUAUUGCAUCUAUCUUUAAAUAUAUUCAAGCACUCUUCAUUCACAGAAAAUCUCCAACCCCCUUCCCCGAAACACUGAAAGUAUCCACAGCUGUAGGUGCAUAUUAUGGCAAUGUUGUUCCACUAACAUUAUUCUUUUUCCAGUAGGAAUUAAUCAUAAUUAGUGUUUUAGCUAACAACUAUGGCCUGCAUUACAGCAUCAUCCUUGCAAUUAAGUAGUGAUACAGUGUGCAAGAAGCAGUAAUGUAGGCAGCUUUGGCAUAAAUAGGUGGUACUAAAAUAAUUUAGAAGAUGUGUGUGCUGGUAACCCAGACCUUCUGGAGUAAGCACUCCCUCUCCCACUCCAGGUUUGAUGAGGCUGCUGUGAAGCUUAGAGGACUUAGAUCAGAGCAAAGCAUGAUCCUACCACCUUUCACAGAAGAAAGGGAUUUCUUGACUACAGAGACAAAUCCUGAUGUCCUUCCUAGGGCAGAAUUUCUUUGCUGUCUGUGUGAGUUUUAUUGGGCUAAAAUGUGAUGCAAGUGAAAUCAUAGAAUCAUAGAAUGACAAGGUUGGAAAGGACCCACUGGAUCAUCGAGUCCAACCAUUCCUAACACUCUCUUAAACCAUGUCCCUAAGCACUUCAUGAACUUGUUCCUUAAACACCUCCAGGGAAGGUGACUCGACCCCCUCCCUGGGCAGCCUCUGCCAGUGCCCAAUGACUCUUUCUGUGAAGAAUUUUUUUCUGAUAUCCACCCUGAACCUCCCCUGGCGGAGCUUGAGGCCAUUUCCCCUUGUCCUGUCCCCUGUCACCUGGGAGAAGAGGCCAGCUCCCUCCUCUCCACAACCUCCUUUCAGGUAAUUGUAGAGAGUAAUAAGGUCUCCCCUCAGCCUCCUCUUCUCCAGGCCAAACAACCCCAGCUCUCUCAGUUGCUCCUCGUAGGACUUGUGAAAUACACUUUUUAGCUAUUUCCUACAGAGAUCUGUUUAAUGAAUUCUCAUGAAAAACAACGCACAAUAUGUCUAUGGCUCUGGCUUAGAAAAGAAUGAAAAAACUUACAGAGUUUGACCCUAAGGAGGUCAGUGUGUGAGAGGAAUUGGCCGUUUUUGUCAAGAUGUAUUAAAUGAGGAGUUCUUGCUUGUUUUCAGUAGAAGCUGUUCAAAGCUGGUGCACGUAUUCCUACAGAAUACACAAAACAGCAGACUCAUAAUUACCCAAAAGGAAAGGGAGUUGAAAUAUUAACAUCCUGUUUAAUUCAUGAAAUGGAUAUAGAUACUAAACUAAGAACAGAAACCUAAAUUAUUUCCUUGCACAUAACAUGGGUAGUGUGAAAAACUACAGUAAGUACAUAGUUUUAACAAACAGGAACACAGUUGCUUUAUAUAGUAAAAUAACUAAAUAUAAUUCAGUCAUUUAAUCUUAAUAAGAACACUGUUACUAUAAUACUUCUGACUUUAAUAGGGCUGUAUAUAUGAACGGAGGAUGUAAAAUUAUUGUAAUUUAAAAUUAUGUUAAGUCUCUUAGAUUAGAAAAAGCAUUUACAUUCCUAUUAUAAGACUGUAGAAUAUUUUUAUAAUAAUUGCUAUUUUUCAUUGUUAACCGAAUAGUAUAUUGUUUUCUAAGUCAAUGUAUGCAGACAGAAUGUACUUUAUUACACAUUGUACAUGCAAUCUUUUUAAAAUUACAUUUUAUACAUGCUGGUAUUUUGUGUUUAUUCUAUGAAUACAAUUAAAGGACUGAAAUUAAAAUAUCUCUUUAUAUGUCCCUGUGAAACCUCACUAUCCAGUCCCUCAAAGAAUGCCAUCACAAGAUGGUAUAAUAACAUCCACUAAGAACAUCUGAGAUACCUAACAGACAAAACACUUCAUAACUGUUAACAUUUAGUCCAUUAUGAUAAUCAUGAUCCAGUAGCCUCCCAUUAAUAAAAAUAAUUGAUACAUUCUUUAAUAUUGUCUCCCGCCAUCUGCUUAUUCCUGCUGCUAAGGCUUUGAUUUAUGGAAAGUAUUUUCAGAAUGUUGCAAAAUUGCUAGAAGGCAUGAUGAUAUCAGUUAAAUCACUAAGAAGCUCUACAAAAACCUUUUAAUGUACUAGAUGUUCCCCAGACAAUCUAGGAUAAACAGAAUAUUGUAUUUUAAGAUGUAAAACAUCUUUUAAAGCUGAUAAUUAAGUAGCAUUUGUCACUAAAAGAUACUCUUACUUAAAGAACUAAGAAAGGAUUCAGAUUGCAUUUUGAAUUCCUAAUAUCAAAACUGCUGCUUCCUUUAGCAGAUAUUUGGUGUUUUCUGUGCAUGAAAUGAUGCAAAAGUUGUUGAGCAGUAAUAUAUAUUACAGCAAUAGUUUUGUAAUAGUUCAUUGUUUCAUGUAAAAAAUGCUCAUUUUUUG